GUGCAAUUCAAACAGCAGAUGUCUCUUAUAUUUUAAAUUUUCUUCUAUGACAUAAAGCUAUGAAUUGACGUAAGUAAAUGGACUGUUUUAUUAAUAUAGAAAAGUGAAAUGAGCGAAAUGGAAAUCAAAGAGCAUACAUAAGGCCUGGGUUGUCCCCAGUUGUUUACAAUUUUGAAUAGGACUCUUUACAAUUUAAUGGAUUUUGAAUGAGAAGUAAAUGGCAAGUUAUUAAAAUAUUUGAUUGCGUAUUCUGAUACAACAAUUGAAGGUUUUUUUUGUAUUGAAAUAGAGCAUAUAAUUACAAAGCGUAUCAGCAAAGGCAUUCAAACAAAGGAUUGGGAAGCAAAAAUAAAUAGUUAAAAAACUUGAACAAUGGUACGGUAUGAUAAAUGCGUUGAAUCACUCUACGACAGUGCUACCGUCGUGGAUAGGACGAAGACCCUUCAGAUUAUUAAGGUCAUGAAAGGCGCAAUAAGUAUGUCCAAAAGCCGGACCGGGGACUGUAUUUUCCGGACCAACAAAACAGUGAAAAAGGAGCUGGAUAGAUUGGUGAAAAUAGAGGUCCGAAAUUCGCAUUACAACGUGUCGCGGAUUGAUACGGGGAAGAAAAUGGUGGUGAACCGAUGGACCAAGCUUCUGGAACAUCAGACGAUGGUGUCUUCUCAGGCUCUGUUUGAGGAAAUACUGGACAUUAACGACAUGGGAGGAGCAGAACAUGACUUUGGGUCAGAGAAAGAGGAUCUGAAGCUAAAAUCCCUGAUUGACGUCCGACUGAGCAAACUGCAGUCGCUUAUCGACACCGGUGGACUUUCUCCAAGAGGUGGUUUACAUCGGCAGGGACACGGACCGAACAGAAAUGAACCUCACAACAACGCCGAGGAGACAUCUGAGAAACAAGAAACUGGCCCUGAGUUUGUUACGGAGAAAAAAGAAAUCAGGACGAAGUACAGCGGACAUGAAGCAGAAACCGCUUAUACUGAACCCACAAGACACACUGUGGGUUUGGCAAAAUCUAAAUCUCUAUCGAGUCAGCCAGGCGUUGCUCAGCGACCCGGCCAAAGGUUUCCGGCACUAAGAAGGGAGCAGACGAUAGGCGCAGGUUCGCAAGAAGAGGAGCGCAUACCACCCAUGCCAGCCUUGGUUAGGGACCUCACUGACUGGGGAAACUGGCGUCUGAACGACAAAAGUUGGAUUAGAGGUUAUUUAGAUAAAGAGAAGACACGACACGAGGACUUGAUUAUCCGGAACGCCCUGAAAAACAUCGAGCAUGAAAUGUCAGGAGCCAACAUGAUCAAACGUCACCAGAUCAGACAAAAAUUGCAGAAUGACAAAAAUGUUCGGGAAACAGAACUACGAAAGAAAGAUAAAGAACGAAUGAAAAGAGAGUCAUUCACUCCCCAAACAAUUCCAGUUCAAAAUUUAAGCAUACCGAAUUCUUCGACAAUAUCUGAACCUCAGGGGACAAACAACCAGAAAAAGACAGUUGGAUUUGCAAUGCCGGAGAGUGAGUUACUUGAAAACCCAGAGGCAAAGAAAACCUGGUCGCCGAAGGCGAAAGCUGUGUACACCAACAAACAACUUUGCAAUAAAAAGCAAGGUUUUAAAGGUGGUCUUCCGGUCAUUAGAGAAAAAAGUCGCCCUCUGAAAGGCAUACUUGUUCUUGACCAUGAGUGACUGAUAUUACAAAAAAAAUCUCGAAAGAGCAGAUACACAAAGAAACCACAGUAAAGAAUGUGUUUUUUUUUAUGUAGUGUCGAUUGAAUUCAUGUAAGUCGUGUUAUGGAAAUCAUAAAAAUAAACAUGCGCUUCACUCAGCAGCAUACGUUAACAACUCGAAAGGAACUUAACUCUACUCUUUUAAUGGUAUAAGUGUUUAUUAACACGUUUUGACACGACUCUUAAAAUUUCAUAAACGUAUUUCCUCGUUUUUAGCUCGUUCGUUUUUUAAACAAUUCAUGCGGCCUCGUUUCGCUCGCUCCAUUUUUUGUAGAUCGCCUAAAUGAACUCUAGAAUUUACAUAGGCGUCGGUGUGCAAAACAAAAUCGUUUGCUAUAACUCAUAAAACAAUUUGAAUGAAAUAUGCAUUCAUUAUAUAAUAAGGCAAAAAAUCAAAAUUCCAACAUACAUGUUUUUUUGCUGUUUGCACACCUUGUGAAACAUACAUGAACUCCCUUCUUAUCCAAACUUGGUCACACUCUUAAAAAUCCAUACAUUGUAGCAAAAACUUCCUUUAAGUUUGCUUGAACUGUUUUAUUUACAUUUGAAAUCAUUAUUCACACGUUGAUAUCUCAAUAGAAGUAUCCUUUUCAUCUUUAAGAAAUAAAAUUGAGUAAAAUUGCAAAGUACGCAACAGUAAUAUGCAGCCUUCUAGAUACGCAACUUCAUCAGUGUGGUCGUUUUCAGCUUCAUUAUUCUGCUUAAAUUCGCCAAGAAAGUAUUAUAUAUUGAAUAAUCUAAAUGGACUUUUUGUGGCAUUUCAACAAUUCUGUUUCAUUAAAGACUAGUGUCCUGUCUUAUUUUUAUGUUAUUGUUUAAUGCAAACGAUCCUUUAAUGACCAAUUAAACUUUUGUUUUAAUGAUACAAGGAAUUUAUCCAGUCUUUUCCUUCGGACUCCACACACUGACCAGCCGAAUUGCAUUCAUACCCCGAUAAUGACAUCAACCCGCAAUUCAUUCCUUAAAUAUUUCUGAGGAGAGUGUAUCAUUAUUUCUUGAAAAGUGCGUGAACUCUUUUUUAUGCUGACAUUUGAAGCGAGAAAUAGUUAAUUAGCAUUUUAGUUAAUGCCACACGACAAGGUUUCCAUGAUGCUACAGGCGGCAGUCUUCAACAAGGGAGGUAAUUACAAUGCGAUGCUCAUUAAAAAGGAGUUCCAUUACGGGUACUUGUUUAAUCUUUGCCCGUGGGCAAAAUAAGAAUUUCUAGCAUGGUUAAAUUUUUGGAUCUACUUAUCUGAGGUGGGAGAAAAGAAUUUCCAGCAUGGCCAAAUUUUUCGAUCUACUGAUAUGAGGUGGGCGAAAAAAGAAAUGCGAUAUGAGUUGCUUGAGCUUUGUGUUUGUAUUACUUGCCGAUUCUCGCGUGAGGGGUACAUCGCACUCGACCUUCGGUGCGAUAUGGCCUUUACGCAAGCCACUGGAACUUAACCAACUCUACAG